AUGGAAGGGGUUCGCAGCAACACAGCAUUGCUGCUGCUUCUCGCAUGCCUCCCACUGACCUGCUCCUUCGCCCCUCCCUCCUCGCUCGGGAUCCGCAAGGGAAAGUUGUUCAAGCAUGAGGUAUCAAGAAGGAAGAACCUUGCGUUGUCUUGCUCCUCCGUGGCUCAAGAUCAUGAUUCCGUCAUAGCCUCCGAGAGGGCGUACAUAACAGGAGUGUUCCAACCGGCCUUGCUCAGCAUCAAGAACGGGCGCAUCGAGUCCAUCAACAAGACUUCAUGCUUGGAGAUCGAGCGGCUGCGCAAGGCUGGUGCAUCGGAGGGAACCCUCGUCCUCCAGCCCAACCAACUUCUUCUUCCCGCCAUGGUCAACGGGCACACUCACCUUGCCAUGGGCGCCUUCCGCGGCAUCACCGACGCUGAGUCGUUCAAGGGCAACGUGGUCGAGGAUCUCUUCUUCAAGCUUGAGGGAGCUCUCACGGAGGACGACGUCCGAGCCUUCACUCGCAUGGGCUGCUGGGAAAGCAUGCUGGCGGGUGUGGGAGCAGCGUGGGAGCACUACUACUUCGGGGAGGCGCUUGCUUCAGCCUUUGCAGACACAGGGUUCAGUGGUGUGAUAGCGCCGACAAUACAGGCAAGCGUGAAGGAAAGGACGAGCAUGCAGCUGACUGUCCUGAAGGAUCUCAGUGGUCCAGGGACUGUCUUGAAGGGAUGCGACUGGGAGGCAGCCAUCGAAACAACGAUCAGAAUGCACAGGGACGAGAGCUUACAGAGGAAGGGAAUCUUCGCAGCCCUCGGUCCGCAUGCUACCGAUACCAUCAGCCCGUCACUGUGGAGGAAGAUCGCAAGCACCGCUCAGCAGGAGCAGCUCCCUAUGCACUCGCACGUCGCACAGUCCAUCGAGCCCCUCGUGCUCCAGGAGUACAGGAGGUGCAUCGAUCGCCACGGCAUGUUUGUCUCCUCCCGUGACCUCGCGUUCCUGGACCCAGGGAGGCACAUGCUGGGGCUCUGCCCUGCCUCUGCCGUACAGUUCGGCUUCCCCUGCAACUUUCAGGCGUGGGAUGCUGCUGGCUUCAAGAUCGCCCUGGGGACAGACGCUGCCUGCUCCAACGACGGCAUGAACGUGCAGCAGGAGAUGAGGCUGCUAGCAGGAGGGGGCGUCUUCGGCGUCAUGUCGUCCCCUGAGAUGCAGAAGUUCGAGAAGAGGGAGGGAGGCGAGGAAAGCUGUCCAGCAGGCGCGUCAGCGGCUCUUCGAUGGGAGCUCGAUGAGCAGAUGCAUCCUCAUGUCAAGAUGGGGGAGCUGAGGGAGGGAUCCCUCGGGAACCUGCUCAUUGUCGAUGGCGAUCACCCCAACCUCUGGCCUUCCACGGCUCCUCUACGCACCGUCUGCUACGCCAAUCUCUCUCCUUGCAUACAAGGGCUCAUGGUCGCGGGCAGGUGGAUCGGGGAGGUGGGAAACUUUCAGGAGAGCAUCCUCAGCAGCUCGACGUUCAAGGAGCAGCGGAAGGAGGCGGAGGAAAGGCUGGACUGUCUCCUCCGCUCUCUCAACCUCGUGUGA